AUGACUACAAUUCAUAUUAUGGAUGAAGAAAUAAUUCAAAAACUAAGUUCAGGAUGUGUUGUUAUUGAUUGUGAAAGUGUUAUUAAAGAAUUAAUUGAAAAUUCAAUAGAUUCAGGAGCUACAAUAAUUAAUGUAAAAUUAAAUAAUUAUGGACUUGAUAGUCUUAUUGUAGAAGACAAUGGGAGUGGAAUUAAUGAAGAAAACAUGGAAUUAUUAGGAAAAAGACAUUGUACAUCAAAAAUUAAUAAUAUAGAAGAACUUACCAAAGUUAGUACAUAUGGAUUUAGAGGAGAAGCAUUAUAUUGUAUAUCAAAUAUGGGAGAAGUUGAAAUAAUUAGUAGUGAUGGAAAAGAAGUUGGAAAUUCAAUUCAAUUAACAACAAGAAUUAAAAAGAGAGUUACAAGAAAACAAGGAACAACAAUUAUAGUUAAAAAGUUGUUUAUGAAUAAUAAAAUAAGAAGAGAAGAAUUUAUGAGAAACAAAAAUAAAGAAUUAACUAAAAUAAUUACUUUAAUUCAAAACUAUGCAUUAAUGUUAACUGAUAUUAAAAUGAUUCUUACUCAUCAAUUUAAAAAAACAAAUAUUAUUUUACUUCAAAGUAAUGGUAAAUCAUUAAAAGAAAAUUUAUAUAAUUUUUUUAAAGGAGAUGCAAAAGAUGUUACUAUUCCUAUUGAAUUUGAAGAACAAGGAAUUAAAAUUUCUGGAAUUGUAUCUAACUUUACAGACAAAGGAAGAACUAAUAGUGAUAGAAUCUUUUUAUUUGUAAAUAAAAGACCAAUUGAACAUAAAAAAUUACAACAAAUCAUUACACAACAAUGGAGGUCAUUAGGUGUUUCAUUUAAAAGAAAAUAUCCUACAGUAAUUUUAAAUAUUUCAGUUGCUGAAUAUGAUCCUAAUGUAUCUCCUGAUAAAAGAAAAGUAUUUUUUCUUGAUGAAGACAAUGUUAUUACAUUGAUGGAAAAAUGUAUUAGUUCAGUUUGGUCAACUGAAUUGUUAGAACAAAGUAUCCCAACUAUUAAUAAUGAAGCUUCUCAGUGUGCUUCAAGUGUUAUUGAAAAUACUUCCCCAACUAAAACAUUUAAUCUUUCUUUCUUGCCUCAAUCAACCCAAAAUUUAAUAAAAGAACGAAGACAAAAAACAACAACACACGACAUUCUUGGAACAGACAUUAACAAUGAAAUUAUUGAAGAAAAAGAAAAACCUCUAGUAACUAUUCACAAACUUAAAAAUGAAAACGAAAGUUUAGAAGAAGAAACUCCAACUUCUUCUAUUAUCAACACAAAUGUUUUACAACAAACAAAAACUAUACAAAAUGAUAUAAAUGAAAACCAGAAUGAAGUCUCUGACAUUGAAAAGAAAGAAGAUGAGUGGGAUGAUAUUUUGAAAGAUGAAAGUUCAUUAGAAAGCUCACUACAAAAAAUCAGAAACUUCUCAUCUAAGUCAAAAGAAAGAAAAAGUGAAGAAGAAGUAGAUGAAAGAAAAGCUAUAUUAAAGAAUGAAGAAGAUGAUUAUAAAAAGAUUAAAGAAAAAGGAAUGAGUGAAGAGGAAUAUGAAGCAGAGAAAAAAGAAAUCAAAGAAAUUGAAGAAAAGAAGAAAAACAUUAUUAGACAAAGAACAGAAGGAAGAAUGAAUAAAAUUAAUAAUACUGUUGUAGUUUCAGAACAAGUUAAUGAAGAGAUGGAAGAAGAGAAUGAUUUAAAAAAACAAAUAAAAGAUGAUAAAGAAAUAAUCAGCACAAGAAAUGGGAAAAGAAAAUCAGAUAAAAAAGAAAUAAAAGAAAGGACAGAAAUGCAUUAUAAAGAAUCUUCAUCAAUUUCAGAAGAAUUUAAUGAGAAAAAUGAAGAAGAAAAUGAAGAAAAAAAUAAAGAAGAAAAUAUAAAGAUUAAUAUAGCUAGUAACAAAUUGGUUAUUGAAGCGAUUGAAUUAAAAGCACUAGUAGAACAUAUGAUUUUAUGUCAUAAAGAUUAUCCAAUAUGUCAACCAGAAAGAACAGAAGAAGACAUAUUAAAAAUCCCACGGAAAAUGAAAAAGACAACUCUUGAAGAAAUUGAAAUUAUUGGACAAUUCAAUAAAGGAUUUAUAAUUGGGAAAUUAGGAUAUGACUUGUAUAUUAUUGAUCAACAUGCAGCAGAUGAGAUUUAUAAUUAUGAGACAUUAUUGAAGAAAGACAAAUUAAGUGUUCAAACAUUAAUUAGUCCAUUACAAGUAUCAAUGAGUUCGGAUGAUGAAAUAUUUGUUCAAGAAAAUAUAGGACUUUUUCCACAAUUUGGGUUUGAAGUAACAUUUAGAGAAGAUAAAGAAGCAACACAACGAGUAUUUCUUACUAAAGUUUACCAUAGAGGAAAGAAUUUCUUUGGAGCAAAUGAAUUUAGUGAAUUAGUUCAACAAUUAAAAGGAUGUAGAAAUGACAUGAAAGUCAUUAUUAAAAAGAAACAUAAAAUCUUUGCUACGGAAGCAUGUAGAAUGAGUAUUAUGAUUGGAGAUUCAUUAGGAAGAGAAGAAAUGAAAAAAAUAAUAAGUCGUCUUGUUGGAUUAAAUAAGCCAUGGCACUGUCCACAUGGAAGACAAACCAUUCGACAUUUAUGGGACUUAAGAAGAUCAUAUAAUGAAAUUGCAAAAGAAACAAAGUAA